AUGCAAUCUUCUCGAUCGUCUCCAACAUUACAUAGUGCAGGAGGAAGGUCUACAGCUGUAUCAUUUAAUACGAUAUUGAGGCAGCAGCAGCAGCAACAGGAUGGGACACGCAAAGUGGAACUAUCCAAGCUUAGUGAUGAUGACCUUAAACAUGUGCUUUUCUUUCGACCUGGAGCCCGUGGUGAUCCUAGUUAUAGACGUAUAUCACAAGCAGCAAUCGAGUACUGCAAAGAUGUACAGGCACAAAUGAUGGAUGACAUUAUUGGGAGGCAACCGACACACGCCUUGGAGCCCACUGACACUGAUAACAACCCAGCAACAACAGGGGCAGCUGCUCUUGGGAACCCCGUUUCAUCUCUUGAUCCUGGUUUUCUUUAUCCUUCCAACAACACCGAUCACUCUAUCGAAGCCUCAGCCGAAUCCAGUCCUCAUGAUGACUCCAUUGCAACCAUUAACAACUACAACGACUUGAUGCGACAAGCUGCAUUGAAUAGCCGUGAUCGAGCAGCACGUUUACGUAUCAUGCGCAUUCGCGACUUGGACCUUGAGCCUUUAUUUGAGCUAUUGACGCUUUGUCAACGACGGCCUCCUUCAUUCACGAGUCUUCAAGACAUGUUGUUAUUGAUACGCAACCUGGAUCCUGGAUCGGAUGCUUCAGUGGUUGUAAGCAGUGCAUGGUGGAACAACAAUAGCAGCAGUGCAGUGAGCAGUGAAGAGAUGCAACAACAAACACAACAAAGUAAACGCAUCUGGGAGAGGAAUAUGGCAUGUUACAUCCAUACCGCCAAUACACUUAUGGGUAACUUUCAUGGGAUGCUGCCAUUUUGUUGGCUCAAUCAAGCUUAUCUUGCAUCUAUCCGUCAGGAUCUGGCUGAUGGCGACAUUCAUCGAUUACCCAAAAUCCCUACGCUGGAGGAACUCGAUCGCUCUGGAUAUUCAAUCAGUGCAUUCCCACGUAUUCAAUAUGGCAUCAAGAUUGUUGGCAAGGAUGUUUCGGUGCAAAUCUUAUCAUUGACGGAUCUACGUUAUCGAGAUGCUGAUAUGAAUAUGGAUCGUGACAAUGUCGUGUGGAAGUAUUAUUGUGACAACAUAUUGAAGCUAUCCAAACUGAUACCCAACAAGCGGUCGUUCGAUGUUGCCGUCGAUGUUGGAAUGAUCCCACAUGAUAUGCUGUCUCUUGUCGAUUUCACUUGGUGGACAAACAAUGUGAUCAAGCUUGGUCGUGAAGUUCAUGCAGCAGCCGUGGAUCGACAAACCUACAAUCUUUUCAGGAGGUUACAUCGCGAAUAUUAUUCAGUGUGGAGGACAAUCAAGAGGGAUUAUGCGGAGCAACUCAAGUACAACCCUGUGCAAUUCAUUCUCAACAUUGUCAUGGCGAUUGUUGCACUGGCAAGUCUCGUGUUUGCCACCACUGGUGUAUUACAAGUACUUCAAGGCUUUUGCGUUUUCGGCGAUGAGUAUUGCUGA